CCAGAACUCUUCCUAUUCGGCAGUUAAAUCAGCUAAAUCUUUCAGUGAUGCAAUUAAAGAUUUUCAAUCCUUUGCUGGAUUGAAUAAAACGGGUAAACUUGAUACGGAGACGAAGAAAUUGAUGAAUAAACCGCGUUGUGGUGUUCCGGAUCGAGUUCGCCCUGGUUCUUCAAGCUCUCGCCAGAAACGAUUCGCACUUCAAGGGAGCAAGUGGCCUAAGAAACAAUUGACUUAUAAAAUUAAGAAAUACACGACGGAUAUGAGCAAAUCCGACGUGGACCGUGAGAUCGCCAGAGCCUUUCAGAUGUGGGCGGACGUGACCGAUUUGACCUUCGUCCAUAUCAAUCAAUCGGCUAACGUCGACAUCGAAAUCCUUUUUGCGUCUGGAGAACAUGGUGAUUGCCCACCCUUCAAUGAUGGCCCGGGUGGCGUAUUAGCUCAUGCUGCCUUUCCUAAACAAGGAGGUGAUACUCAUUUUGACGAAAGCGAAACCUGGACUCUCAACUCUGAUAAAGGGACUAAUUUAUUCCAGGUGGCUACUCACGAGUUCGGCCACUCUUUAGGGCUGGAUCAUGUCAACGUGAGCGCAGCUGUGAUGUUUCCAUAUCACGAGUAUAGUUCUGAUUUCAAAUUAGACAAGGACGACAUUGAAGGCAUUCAGAAACUGUACGGGAUAAAUCAGUUGGGGAAAUUUUCGAUCGAAUUAAAAGGCACGGAAGAUGAAUUGGAGAAAGCGAAAAAAAAAUGGAAAGCGGAACUCAAAGGAGCCACAACAAGUGAAAUAGUUGACAUUGGUAAAAUGCCAACCUCCUGUACAGAUCUUCAGAGAAUGGGGCAUAAACUGAGCGGAUUCUUUCUGGUGAAAGGAUCGAAGAAGAUGGAGACUGUUUACUGCAACUUUUACUCUAAUGGAAAAGAUUUGCAGAAAAAAAUCGGAUACGCCGACGUCAAAUCCGCACCCGUCCAUUUCUACGUCCAGAGAAAAAAUCAUUACAACACAAUUGGAACUCCGAUUCCGUUCGAAGUGGCGCUGGUGAAUGAGGGAAAUGCCAUGGAUUUGGCAUCGGGGAAGUUCACGGCACCGCGACGAGGAAUCUAUUUCUUUUCUUUCUCAGGAAUAGCGGAGUUCCCAGAGAAAUCUUCUUAUUCUUAUCUCAAGCUUGUUUUUUAUUUGAAUGGUUCGAUCAUUGGGAACCUUUGGAUUGAAGAGAGCACUCAAGUUUAUCAACGAAGUCCUGAUUCCCUCCAGUUUACGCUCAGUAUGAAACCGGGGGAUCAAGUUUGGGUGGAAAUUUUAGUGCUGACAGACAGAGUUUACCUGUAUGGAAAUAAAGACACCUUCACCCAUUUCACUGGUUUUAUGCUGGAGGAGGAAAUUGUCGCCUCUCUUUGAGAUUUUGUGGUCAUUAUCCGAAAUGCACCAAAUGAUAAUCAACCGACAGUCACCAUGAAAUUGAAUUUUUUUUCCACGCUUACAUAAUCGGAGAUGCAAAAAAUCUAUUCGAUUCCAAUUGAUUAAAGGGUGGGGCAUUAUCCAAAAUGUAGAUAAACUUAAUGCACAUUAAAAUUACGUCUUUAUCCGCAAUAAUGUAGAGUUUGAAUGCAAGAAUUUAAAAAUACAUGCAUCAUUUGAUUGUUCCAAAA